CUGCCACGAUUUAAGAUAGUAUCUUAAAUCGUGCUCACUAGCUCACUGCUCACUGAGCCUCUGACAAGUCAGCAGUUCAGUGUUCACCACUUGUAUCAGAUGGCAAAUGGAAGUAUAUCUUAAAUUUAAUCCAUUUGUGGUCUGAGUUUUGAAACGUUAUCAUAAAUUAUUCUAGUCCUUACUCCUUUCAUUUUACAAUUUGACCUACAAACUUGAAAUAAUUAAAUACUAUUGUUGUUUUUAAACUCAGAAAAUAUGGAUAGUAAUAUUCCAAUUGAAAUCCAUGCUCAAAAACUAAGUGAAUGGCUAAUGAGCAGAAAACACUGUAAAAAAGAUUGGCAUUCACAUAUACAACCCAUAAGACAGAAAAUCAAUGUAGCUAUACAAGAUAUGCCCGAAAACAAUGAGAUUGUACAAUUGUUGUCCGGGGCAUAUAUUAAUUAUUUCUAUUGUAAACGUAUAAUUGAAAUAUUAAGAGAAACUGAAGCAGAUACAAAAAAUUUGUUUGGCUCAUAUGGCUCACAGAGGAUGAAAGAUUGGUUAGAAAUCGAAAAAUUGUAUUUAAAAGACAAUGUUUAUCUGGCUGAGGCUUGUGAUCUUCUUGUACAAAACAUCAAAUAUCAUAUACCUGCAGUCAAGAAGCAAAUAGUUAAAUUACAGUCUGGACAAACUGAUUGUGAUAAAAAGAUUGAAGAUUACACUAAAUCUAUUCAAACAUGUAAAAAAGAUUUGGAAACAUUGCGGAAACAGUUCUCUAUUGUUGAUGACAACUGCAGUUUUAAACGUACUCUUAUAGGACGGCUAUGUGAACUUCAAAAAGUUUACGAUGAUGUUAUGGAACAUGUAAAAAAUUUAAAGAAAGCCAAUACAUAUUUUUCUUUAUUUGUAGCAAAUAUUCUAGGUUCAGACAUUAAUUUAACAAUGCUUCAAUAUAUUUUGAACAAUGGUAAUACUACGUAUUAUGAAUAUUUAUAUGGAGAAAAACCAAGUAAGAUUGAAGAAUCUGUAUUAACAAUCGAAGAAGAUAUUAAAGAUACAACUGCUGAUGAAGAAAUCGAUUGGGGUGACUUAGAGAACCCAUCUGAGGAUAUUGAUUAUGGUAUUUCUCUAGAAGAAAGUGGAAUAGUAGUUGAAAAUUUACAAGCUGAUGGUAGUAUUGCCAGAGGCAAUGAAGCUUUGACUUUGUUAGAUAAUUUUAAAACAAAAAAUGAAUUUAUGAAUGAUAUUUUAGAAUUAGAAUCAUUUUUAAGUAUGCGAUUGCUUGAAUUAUCAAAUGAAACAAACUCUGCAUUAUCAGUCCAUUCUGGUGGAGAAAUUAACGAAUCUAAACCUGAGAUUGCGUCUAUGUUGGACGUUAUAAAAGUAGUGAAACAAAAGCUUAAUGAUCCAGUUGUGCAACAUUUGCAGCAAAUUAAACAUUCACCAAGAUAUCUUAAUAAACUAGAAUCAAUGUUUCUUCAAAAAGUCAGCAAUAUUGAAAAAAUGAUAAAUUCUCAAAUUGCCGUUUCUAAUAAAAAAAAAGAGUUGGCUGAAGAAUAUGAUCAACUGGUUCCAAAGCUGAAGUUGAUUCAACAAAAAAACAAACAACUAAUAACUGAAAUUGAAUUUGAUAUAUCAAAGAAGUAUAAAAACCGUCCAGUGUACAUAAUCGGAACUUCAAUAUUUGGUUCUUAAUAAUAAUUAAGUCACUAAAACAACUGCAAGUUGUAAAGUGAUGCAUGUUACACGCAUGGUUUAUUUAGCGUUUAGCUAUUUACAUUAUACAAUUAGUAAGACAAAUUUAAGUGGGAAAAUGUUUUUUUUUUUAAAUUUUAUUGUUCAUAAUAAAGUAUUUUAUUUUUACAUGCCAAUUACAUUAUUAUAAAUUAUGCUAAAAUUCAUAUUUAGAAACAUUAAAUAAAUAUAUAAAUUCUAUGUACUAAAAUGAACAAGGGAAACACAAAUGAUGUUCACAAAUAUUUAAUACACAGUAUAAAAACAAAAUUGUGAACUAUACACAUCUUAUCAUCAAAAAAGGGUUGUUUUCAGGAAAUAGAGAAGUUGAAUUGUUAAUACUUCAUGAUCCUCUGUAAAAAAAAUUUUAAAAAACAAUUAAUGAAAUGUAAUAAAUAUUAUAUUAAUAUUUAUAAUUUUUAUUAACAUAUAUUACAACUAAAACAAAUAAAUAAUUAUUUAUAACAUCUUUGUUAGUAUACCUAUUUAUUUUUAAUUUUCAUGCAUUCAUUAAAAUAAAAUUAUUCCUCGCUUUUCUCUAUUUUCAGACUAAUAAUUUAAAUUAAGUUGGGUAAAUUAUAAUUAUGAUUUAAACUAGUUAAUAAUUAAUUGAUAGUUCAUUAAAAAUAAAUACAUUGGUUUAUAAUACAAA